AUGAUGAGGUCCGCGGUGGCGCGUCGCAUUCCUUUCGGGGGCCUCCUCCGCCGCCGGAUUCUCCCUCUAUUAAGCUUCUCCACCGAUGCUUCUCCCACAGCCACUUCUACUCCGAGCUCCUCUUCAUUCCAGGCUCCGCCGCAGCCUGCGGCGGGGAAGUAUCCGGGACGGGAGCAUCUGGGGACGGCGACGCUGUCGCCAGAGCCACCGCCACAGGGUGCGUCGGGAAAUGAAGAGGCAACGGGGGAAGGGGAGGAGGUGCGGCAGAAGAAGACCGCCAGGGAGAGAGGAGGGGAAGGAGACUACGAGGAGGAGCAAUCACGCGUCCUGAGGGCGGCUCUCGGGCAUGUUGUAAGUGUUCUAAUGAUCUACUUCUCCUUUUCGGGGAUCUGAGCGUUUCCCGCCGAGCGACUUGGUCUGAUUUUAAUGUGUUAAUUUUCUGGCAGGUGAAAUUGGGAUGGAGCGAUUCCGCGUUGAUAGCGGGGGCGAGGGACGUUGGCCUCUCUCCGUCUAUUAUCGGCUCUUUCCCCAGGAAGGAAGCUUCUCUUGUCGAGGUAGCCAUUAUAGUGCUCUCAGAAAGAACGCCAACUUCAAGUUGGAUUCCUCACACGACAAUGCAAUGAUUUGAAACCAAAAAUCGGAGAUCAAUUCAUCACCUGAUACCCUUUUCUCUUCGGUUCCGGUUGCCGAGAUGCCAUUACAACCUAAAAAUUACGUCGAAUUAAAUAUACUUCUAUGCUCUGAUCUUGUAGUGCAAAUUAAUUUUUUGGCAUACUACGAUAUCAAAUUCUUAUUUUAAAAUGCUCUGAUGUUAUGUCAUGCAUACAGAUUGGUGUAAGAUUGAUCCAUGUGUGAGUUAUUUGACUUCUUAAACAUGUGUGGAAAUAUCUGAGCUGGGUGUGUAUAAUUUCGGAGCCUUUAUUUAAAAAUUAUGAAUGGUCAGAAAUACAGAUCUCAAGCCUUCGUAUUCAUUGAGCCUGUUAAGUCCACAGCUCUUGAUUCUUUCAGCUCCCACCUGCUGAUAUGCUCUGGUUCAAGACAUGAAACUUUGGAUUUCAGAUAAUCUUCUGACAUAUGUUAUACUGAGAUGGAAAAAAUUAGUUUUAAAAUAGCACAAGAGUUUUCCAUCACAUCAUUGAUCAAUCGAAGGGACGAUCUAAUUCAUUCUACUUUUUCAAAUUUUAUAAUUUUCGCGUCAGUAAAUUUCGGGUUGUUUUGGGUGAUUUCGUAUUUAUGCUCCUUCCACCUUCAAAUGUUAUUGCUUUUACUUGUCAUGAUCGAACUAUAUAAAACCCCGUCAUUUGUAAUUUUUAUUCCUGCACUUAGUUUCAUAACUAAAAAGGAACAGAAAGCAUAUCCAAAUGCCGCAUUGGAUACAACAAUGUUCAUAUGUACCAAUCUUUUGACGAUGAGAGCUAUUUUCUUGUCGCCCAUCUACGAACCACUUUGAACACAGAGAAUAAAAUAUUUGAGAGAGAGAGAAUGUGUGCAAGGAGCAACAUUAUCCAUUCAUCUUCAUGAUUGUUCCCAAAAAUGUUUGCUGAGGGGCCAUACUCGCUCAAAAAGUAAAAACGCCUUGUCAGACGGUCACAAUGAAUCUAUCAAUGGAAAACUUCACAGGGUGCAUAUUUAUAUUAUUUUUCUGUGUGAAAAAUUUACUUAAAGCUCGCCGUUCAUCCGUUUCUUCUAUAAGGGGAUCUAAUACAUGGUGCCUUCAUUAUUUCUCUUCAGUUCUUCAUGGAUGACUGCCUUGAGAAGCUGGUCGACAAGAGUGAAUCUGGGGAGCUGAACCUGAACACCCUGAUACUCAGUGAACGCCUCUCAAAGCUCGUUCGUUUUCGCUUAGAAAUGCAGGCCCCAUACAUAUUGAAGUGGGCUCAAGCCCUAAGCAUUCAGGUCAGCCCUUUUUUCCUUUUAUGGGAACCCUAAGAGCUUCCAAUGUUUAUGGGUCUAACCCACUUAAAAAUCAUCAGCAGGCCGUAUGAUUCUCUUAGUCUCCUUUUCUUUAUAUGAGAUUCCUAAAAGCUUCUAAUAUCCAAGCAGCUAACCCACUCAGAAGCCAUCCGCAAGCCAGAUAUGAUUCGUUUCGUCUUGUCUUAAUUUAGAAACCCUGAAACCUUCUAAUAUUUAAGCAUCUGAACCGCUUAUUAGAUCAUCAGCAACCAAUGCAACUCUCUCGAUCUCUUCAUAUAUAUACAUAAAUAACAUUAUAUAUAUAAUAUAGUUUGGGGUUGUGUGGGAUUCGAAUAUCUAAGCCAAACUAUGAUCUUGGUCUCUGUUUUGACUCUGCAUUAACAGGGGCAGCCACAGAAUGUGCCCACAAGCUUCAAGCAGCGGGCUAUGCUCAUCGACGAGAUCUGGCAUGCUGCGGGAGAUCAUGCAUCCGAUAUUGACUGGUACAUCAAACGGGCGGUUCUUGGAGGGAUUUACUCAGCUUCGGAGAUCUUCAUGCUGACCGACGACUCCCCGGGUUUCUCCUUCCUCUGAUUCUUCAGCACGUCAUGUUAACUUUUGGAUUACAUUUUUGUAGCCCAGAAUUUUUAAUCGUCUACGGGUUUUUGGCUGCAGGGUUUCACGACACUUGGCUGUUCUUGGACCAUCGGAUCAAGGAUGCUUUCGAUGUCCAGAAGGCUGUCAAAGAGGUGCCUCUUCCUCCAACAUUUCCCAUUUAUCUUACCUAUUUCCCACCCCCAUCAUAUCAUCUAAUGCAAGAACCAUGCCUCCAGGCCGCGUACCUCGCCGAAGCGGUUGGAGCAGGCAUGGGGAAUUCAGUCCAAGCCCUCCUGAGGAGGGUCUCUCAAGGAUUCAAGAUGUGA